AUGAGUUUUGGGACUGAAAAGGAGUCGGAAAACCUCAGAUCCAAGUCCAGCUUUUCUGACAUGGAGAGUUUCCACUCUCAGUAUAUGGUUAUAAAGACCAUUGGCCAUGGAGGCUGCGCCAAGGUCAAGCUGGCCCAGCACCGCCUCACAGGCACUCCUGUGGCUGUCAAAAUUAUUCACAAGAGAGAACACUGGUGCCAUCCUGUUGUGACCGAGGUGCAGAUAAUGAGGAAGGUGAAUCAUCCCAACAUCGUCUCUCUCCUCCAAGUUGUUGAGACUGAUAAGAGAAUAUACCUUGUCAUGGAGUUGUGUGAGGGUAAAUCACUUUACCAGUAUAUUCGAGAGGCUGGCCACCUGCAGGAGGAUGAAGCACGAGCAAUAUUCCUACAAAUGUUAAACGCCAUGAACUACUGCCAUAACCAGGGUGUAGUCCAUAGGGACCUCAAACCCGAUAACAUCAUGAUAGACAGCCAUGGAAGAGUCAAAAUUAUUGACUUUGGGCUCAGUGCCCAAGUGAAGCCAGGACAGCGGCUGAGCUAUCACUGUGGGACGUUUCCAUUUGCUGCUCCUGAGCUCCUCCAUGGCAGAUUCUACGAUGGCCCCAAGGUCGAUGUGUGGACCCUGGGAGUUAUUCUUUAUUUUAUGUUAACUGGAAGGUUCCCAUGUGAUGCUCCCAAUGUACCACAGCUUCAAAAGCAGGUUGUCUCAGGAAAGUAUCCUGUCCCCUCUCACCUAUCAAGAGAACUCCAGGGCCUGCUUAAUGUUUUAAUGAAAGCCAACCCUAAACAUAGGCCAAGAAUUGCCGAAGUGAUGAUGCAUCCCUGGCUUGCAGAAGAUUCCCAAAGGUUCCCACAUCCUUGUGAGGAAAUGACACCCAUCAGGCCUGACCCGGCAAUUAUAAAAGCCAUGAGACACCUUGGGUUCCAAGGUCAAAAUAUCAAAGAUUCUUUAUGUCAGAAAAAAUACGACGAAGCCAUGGCCUGUUACUGCUUCCUGAAGAAGCAGGCUCUUCAAGAGUGGGACAGCCCAACCCGUGCUCACCCCACGAAUCCAAUGAUUACGCCUUUCCCGUCCCUUGAUGAUCCUGCAUCUUUCCAACUUGGACUAAGGAGGAGAGAAAGCCAAUCAACACGACUCUGGGCAUCCUCCACAAUUGAGUCGUCUAUCUCUAGCCAGAAGGGUAUUCCGAAGAGAGAGAGAAGAGUCAGUUGGCCGGGCGUUCUUCCCUGCAGGCCACUCCAGACAACACCCCCAAUGGGCCAAGCCCUCAUACAUUCUAGCAGUGUCCCCUGCACUUUCUCAAUGCGUUAUGGAGUCAAGAACAGCAGCAGCGAUAGCUCAGGAGACCACCCCAGCACAUCAGCAAAGGAGAAGCCCGUCCCCAGCAGGGCCCGGCCCAGAGGCUUUAAGUGGUGGAUGAGGAAGAUCGCAAAUGUCUUCCUGAGUCUUUGUUGUUGCAUUCCAGCUCGAAGGGACUCUCACCUGGGGCAGAAGAGAGUCUUGCCCCAGAAAUAA